AGCGGGUGGCGCGGCGGCCGAAGCAAAAACGACACCCAACGGGCGGAUUUUUAAGUGCUCACACACCCGCCCCCUUCCCUUCCCCUUCCGCCCGCUCGUGUCCGCCCGCCCGCCCGCCCCCGCUUUGCCUUCUUUUACCCGUCGGCCAAAGGGAAGCGGCCCGCGCGCCGUCGUUUCAGUUGCUAGGCUAGCCGCUGCCCGGCAGCCGGGAGUUGGGGAGCCCUUGCCGGGUGCCCAUGGCGGCGGCGCGGGCGUGUUUGGUGGCGCUCGCCAUGGCGGCGGCGCUCUUCCUCGAGGGAACUGCGGCGGCGUCGGCGGGGAAUGCCGGGGCGGCGCCGCUGAAGCAGCGGCGGCGGCAGCUUCUGCGGCAGCGGCAGGUGCGCAGCCACCUCAAGCGCCUCAACAAGGCGCCGCUCGCCACCAUCGAGAGCCCAGAUGGUGACAUCAUAGACUGCGUGCACAUCUCCAACCAGCCUGCCUUCGAUCACCCGUUCCUCAAGAAUCACACCGUCCAGAUGCGGCCUGCGUACCACCCGGAAGGCCUGUAUGAUGAGUCCAAGGUCGCAUCUCAGCAGCAGACCCAGACUAUUACCCAAAUGUGGCAUCAGAAUGGCAAGUGCUCCGAGGACACGAUACCAAUCAGGAGGACGAAGGAGGAGGACGUCUUGAGAGCAAGCUCUGUGAGGAGGUAUGGCAAGAAGAGGCGCCGGAGCACCCCCAACCCCAUGUCUGUUGACCCUGACAUGCUCAAUGAGAGUGGCCACCAGCACGCCAUAGCUUAUGUGGAGGGGGACAAGUACUAUGGCGCCAAGGCCACCAUCAAUGUGUGGCAACCGAAGAUCGAGCAGGCCAAUGAAUUCAGCCUGUCCCAGCUCUGGAUCUUGGGGGGCUCCUUCGGCCAGGACCUCAACAGCAUCGAAGCAGGAUGGCAGGUUAGCCCAGACCUGUAUGGGGACAACAACACUAGGCUCUUCACCUACUGGACUAGUGAUGCAUAUCAAGCAACAGGAUGCUACAACCUGUUGUGCUCAGGGUUCAUCCAGAUAAACAAUCAGAUCGCCAUGGGCGCCAGCAUCUUUCCCAUCUCCAACUAUGGUGGCUCCCAAUAUGACAUCAAUAUUUUGGUCUGGAAGGACCCAAAGGAGGGCAACUGGUGGUUGCAGUUCGGUAAGGAUUACGUUCUGGGCUACUGGCCGUCCUUCCUCUUCUCCUACCUGGCUGACAGUGCCUCCAUGAUCGAGUGGGGUGGCGAGGUCGUGAACUCGGAGCCUGAUGGCAGCCACACCUCCACGCAGAUGGGUAGUGGCCACUUCCCGGAGGAAGGGUUCGGCAAGGCCAGCUACUUCAAGAACAUCCAGGUGGUGGACUCGUCCAACAACCUCAAGGCGCCAAAGGGCGUGGGCACCUUCACCGAGCAGUCCAACUGCUACGACGUGCAGAAUGGCAACAAUGGCGACUGGGGCACUUACUUCUACUAUGGCGGUCCCGGGAAGAACUCUAACUGUCCAUAGUGAAGAUUGAGCUUGCUAUCAGUGCCCUAACAACCCCCUUGACACCUCUGUAUCAUCCAGUAAAUUAGUUUAUAUACCUCAUUUUCUUUAAUUUUUUUCUUGUUCUUGGCUUUUGGUUUUGUUUUUACUUUUACUUCUACCCCUAGUUUAUUAACUUCUAGGCGAGUGAGUGUGUGUUGACAUGUGAAUUUGUUCUCUGCCUCAGAGAUGUUGGUCGUCUGAUUCUAGGGAGGAGCGUGGUCAAGUUUCUGAAGAGGAACAGGCCUGUGUGGUUUGGUUUGUGCCUUGUGUCUGUCAGAUAAUUUUGUUUCACCCGAUGCUUUUCAACCUGUCUGCGAGUUGAAUUGAAUUGAUUAAUCGUUGGUGCCCGUGAGCCUGGCUAA